AUGAGGGCGUCUUGCGCAGCGCGCAAGGCGCCGCCCCGCCUCCCCGAAAGACUGGCUUCUUCUGGGCGCUUCGUCGGGGUGCUUCUCCUGGCGCUUCUCCUCCUGCUGCCCAUGUCCUCCGAUGCCUGUGGUGACCCACCAGAGUUUGUCACUAUGAAGCCCAAGGGUGCCUUUGGAUCCAGUUAUAAACCUGGGGAUGAAGUACUGUAUGAAUGUCGUCUGGGUUUCCAGCCAAUAACUCCUGGUCAAGUCCUCUCUGUUACUUGUCAGAAUGAUACUACAUGGUCGUCUCUCCAGGAGGCCUGUAAAAGAAGACGGUGUCCUUCCCUAGGUGAUCCCAUAAAUGGCCAAGUUAUCUUUGUAAAUGGAAGUAUUGAGUUUGGUUCCCAGGCUCACUAUGUUUGUAAUAAGGGCUACUACUUAGCUGGGCCAAGUAUUUCUUACUGUGAGAUUUCUGCAGAGGGUGUGGACUGGAGCGAUAAUCCUCCAACAUGUGAAAGGAUUAAGUGUAAACCACCUGAAGCAAUUCAAAAUGGAAAAUACACCAAUAGCGACAAGGAAACGUUUGACUACAAUGAAGUAGUAACUUAUAGUUGUAAUCCUUCAGAUGGACCAGAUGAAUAUUCACUUAUUGGAGAGAGCAAGCUUACUUGUAUUGGAAAUGAUGAAUGGAGUAGUCAGCCUCCUCAGUGUAAAGUGGUCAGAUGUGUAUAUCCAAUCGUUGAACAUGGAAUGAUACUCUCAGGAUUUGGACCAAAAUAUUACUACAAAGCGACGGUUGUAUUUAAAUGCAAUGAGGGUUUUAACCUUCAUGGCGACAGUACAGUUGUCUGUGGUGUGAACAGUACUUGGGAGCCUGAGCUACCAAAGUGUAUUAAAGUGUUGACUACUCCCAGCACCCACCCUCCAAUUCCCAGUACCCAACCUCCAGUUCCCAGUGUCUCAGUGUCGACUCCUCCCAGCACCCAACAUCCAAUUCCCAGUGUCUCAGAUUCCAAGCCCACUUCUCCAACCAUGACUUCAGGACAUCCAGGAUAUCCCAGUCCUACUGAUGCAUCACCCCCUAACGAUGCCCAGGGUUUAGGUGCAGGAUACAUCGUGCUCAUUGUUGCUGCAGUUGCUCUUGGCAUUGGAUUAUUGUUUUGCCUGUACUACUGUCUUUGCCAACAAAGGAAGAAAGGGAAAGCAGAAUGUAGCGCCACAUACAGCGCUUACCAGGGUAAAGCAGCCACUCCAGCAGACUAG